AUGUUGGAUCAGUCCAGAUACUACAUAAUAGGAGCAUUUCUCCUGGGCGUAGCGCUCACUGCUGCACACAAUCAACGUUCUUCGGCAUCUCAACAAGAAAUUGAAAAUGCCACCUCGGAACGACAACUAAAACAGCAGCACAAUCUUCUGUCCAAACUCUCGAAAAUCAACGAUCUAGACACUCUCAAGAAGAGUUUGGUGGAGAUUGAAAGUUUGCUCGAAAAAGGAGCUGGCAGUAUCAAAGACGGCAUUGAAGGAUGCAUCGGCGACACUCCCCUCAUCAAAAUAAAGUCAUUGUCAGAGUACACGGGAUGUGAGAUUCUCGUAAAGGCGGAGUUCCUCAAUGGAGCCGGCAACAGCCCAAAAGAUCGUGUUGCUCUGGGCAUCAUCCAAAUGGCCGAAGAGAAGGGUCUCCUUAUUCCACACUCUGGUGAUACCGUCUAUGAAGGAACGGUAGGGAGUACAGGCAUAUCACUGGCAGCCAUAUGCAGAGCAAGAGGCUACAAAGCACACAUCUGCAUGCCAAACGACAUGGCAAUCGAAAAGUCAGACCUCCUCCUGAAGCUCGGCGCAGAAGUAGAAAGAGUGCGGCCAGCACCCAUCGUGGAUCAAAACCAGUUUGUCAAUCUUGCGCGGACCAGAGCUGCCGAACACACUGCGAACUCUGACAAGCCAGGACGAGGACUCUUUGCAGAUCAGUUCGAAACGGAAGCGAAUUGGCGUGCGCAUUUCACUGGUACUGGCCCUGAGAUCUACGAGCAAACGGGCGGUUCUCUGGAUGCAUUUGUGAGCGGUGCUGGUACUGGAGGGACCAUCUCUGGAGUAGCCCUCUUCCUCAAGUCGAAACUGCCCAAUCUCCAGGUCGUCCUUGCGGAUCCCCCAGGUAGUGGCUUGUACAAUCGCGUCAAGUACGGGGUGAUGUUCGACCCCAAAGAGAAAGAAGGGACGCGUCGACGACAUCAGGUCGAUACGAUUAUUGAAGGUAUCGGCAUCAACCGGGUUACUCACAACUUCGACAUUGGAAGAGAGCUCAUUGACGAUGCAAUCAGAGUGAAUGAUGACCAGGCGAUUGCUAUGGCGCGUUGGUUGGUAGAACAUGAUGGGAUAUUCGUUGGCAGUUCAAGCGCAGUAAAUUGCGUUGCUGCUACGAAGCUCGCGAAGACUCUCGGCCCUGGACAUCGCAUUGUCACAUUGCUGUGCGACAGUGGUGCGAGACACUUGAGCAAAUUCUGGGCCAAUGUCGAACCUGUCGGCGGUGCUGAGAACGAUGUCUCACUGGAGAAGAUUCUCGGUGCAUAA